UACGGCGCGUGUGUACGCGAAGGAAGACGGUUCGUGUUACUCGCGCGUCCGCCUCCCCCAUGCCAGUUACGGGUCGGCAAUCGCAAACUUGGAGGAAGUGAUUUAGAUUAGAUUAUGGCGCCCACCCCGAAGUACAAAGUUGCACACUCGAGGAGACUCGGCAGGUACCUCGUAGCAGCUAAAAAUAUAGCGGCAGGAGAAGUUGUUAUUCGGGAGGAGCCGAUCGCGGUCGGCCCGAUGACGUACAGAAAGGACUGCCUGUGCUUCGCGUGUCUGCGUUCGUUGUCGAAGAUCGGCGGAGGCGAACAAUACACUUGCUCCAGAUGUAACGUCGCACCGCUGUGUAACGCAGCGUGCGAGGCACGAACGACCCAUCACACGAAUGACGAAUGCACGAUACUUCGGGAUAAUCGAAAUCUGCUGGCGGAGAACGGGAUCGACGUAACGGGAAUUUUGUUGGCUUUGCGAUUAUGGCUGAUCAAAUGCAGGAAUCCAGCUGUGUGGGAGCAAGUAGACCAGAUGGAGGCGCAUCUGGACAAAAGGAUGGGCACGCCCGUCUGGAAAGACAGAGAAGUCAAUGUGGUGAAUAUAAUUCGAAUGCUCCGCGUACCUGACGAGAUCGGUGAGCCACCCGGUGCGGAAUUAAUGCAGAAAUUGUGCGGCAUUUUAGACGUGAACACCUUCGAGCUACGAUCACCCGGUGCUCUCGAUGGCCUUCUACUUCGUGGUUUAUAUGUUGAAGCAGCCUUGAUGGCUCACGAUUGCAGAGGCAACACUCAUCUCACCGUGGACGAUGACUUCCGGCUGACCGUUUACGCGAGCGUGCCGGUCAAGGAAACUGAGCCUAUUCUUUUCAAUUACACUUCGUCACUGCUGGGAACAGCCGACAGAAGAGAGCACCUUCGUGAGGGGAAAUACUUCGAAUGCGAAUGCUGUCUGUGCGAGGAUUCUUACGAGCUGCAGUCGCAUCUGAGCAGCGUGCUGUGCCCGCGUUGCAAAGAAGGAUUCGUAGGAAUACAAGACACUUCCAGUUUCGUCGAUCCGUAUGAGAGCCGGUGGCGAUGUCAGAUGUGCAAAAGGACCUACGGCGGUCGUCUCAUCAGAGCCACGUUAAAUAUCUGUAGAACGCUGAUCGAAGACUGCGAGGAUGCCGACAUAAAAAGUCUAGACGGCUUGCUUAGAAGAUUAUCCCGAUCAUUGCACACCAAUCACUUCCUGAUGCUAUCCCUGAAGCAGAAGUUACUGGCUGCGUGCAGGAAAGAAAUGACAUCUCCGAAUCCUCAGAAGAAGAUUGUGCGAAAGAUGUUGGACACGUGUAACGAAGUCUACGGCGUAUUGGACAUUGUGGAGCCGGGCAUAUCGCGUUUAAAAGGGAUAAUGUUAUACGAAAUGCAUCUGCCUAUGAUAAUAUUGGCGAAUCGAUCUUAUUCCGCUCGCGAGAUCUCGUCCGCACAGUUGGCGCGUCAACUAGAAGAGGCCAGAGACCUUCUAAAGAAGGCUCUGACCAUGCUGCUAUUGGAGCCUGCGACAACUCCGGAAGGGAAACUAGCUAAGCGAGCGUUGGAGGAAUUACGGAUGCUAAAUCAAAACAUAGGCGACGUGAGAUCCUUGCCAGCGGAAGAACCGAAGGUCUACGUGCGUAAAGCGAAGGAGAACCGCAAAAAGAUUAAAUGAUAUGUCAUAACAUACACAAGAUAUUUCCUUUUAUAAGUUACAAUUAUCGUUUACGUCGAUAUGACGAUUACUCAACUGUUACGCAAUGGUACACAUUUUGCUUUAUAUCGUGAGAAAAUUGUUACUCUAUUAUUGCAUGAUAAUAACAAAAAGAAGAGAAGAAGUCUCGUAUGAUUGUACUGUAUGUAUUUGU